CUCUCGCUUGCAAUUACUCCGUUGCGGCUUAGACAGGAACCGGCUGGGGAGAGAGCCUGCGGACUCGCGCCCCUCUCCCCGUCCCUAACAGACUCAGGCAGGGCCCCUGCCUGACAGGCAAGACUACAGGGCGACCCUCUGGAGAGGGGCGGCCUACAGGGGUCGUCUGGAGGGUGCUAGGAAAACCUCUCACAACCCGUGUUGGGUCCUCCACCCUGGGCACCCUUGACUGACCCCAGUUCUCACUCACAUUGGCGUCCGGUUUCCAGAAAAGCCAAUACACCUCAUAAUGUCUUGGCGACCGAAGAGGACUCACACUCUCCAGACCCGGAGGAGACCGGUCCUGAGGCCCCCAACCCUCCUCCUACUGCUCUUGGGGGCCCUGGCCCUGACCGAGACCCAGGCGGGCCCCCACUCGCUGAGAUAUUUCGACACCGCCGUGUCCGGGCCCAACCGCGGGGAAUACCGGUACAUCGCCGCCGGCUACGUGGACGACACGCAGUUCGUGCGGUUCGACAGCUACGACAGGAGCCAGACCCCCGCGCAGCCGCGGGUGCAGCAGCCCUGGGCGGUGGAGGAGCCGCAGUACUGGGACCGGCACGCGCAGAACGCCAGGGACAACGCACAGAAUUUCCGAGUGAGCCUGAACAACCUGCGCGGCUACUACAACCAGAGCGAGAAGGAGUCUCACACCAUCCAGUGGUUGUACGGCUGCGACGCGGGACCCGACGGGAGCUUCCUCCGCGGGUACGCUCAAUUCGCCUACGACGGCGCCGACUACCUGUCUCUGAACGAGGACCUGCGCUCCUGGACCGCGGCGGACGCGGCGGCUCAGAUCACCCGGCGCAAGUGGGAGGAGGCGGGUGAGGCGGAGCACUACAGGGCCUACCUGGAGUGGGACUGCGUACAGUGGAUCCGCAGAAACCUGGAGAGGCUGCAGCGCGCAGAUCCUCCAAAGACACACUUGACCCAUCAUCCCAUCUCUGAGCAUGAGGUCACCCUGCGGUGCUGGGCCCUAGGCUUCUACCCUGCGGAGAUCACCCUGACCUGGCAGCGUGAUGGAGAGGAUAAGACCCAAGACAUGGAGCUUGUGGAGACCAGACCUGGGGGGGACGGGACCUUCCAGAAGUGGGUGGCCGUGGUGGUGCCUUCUGGAGAGGAGCAGAGAUACACGUGCCAUGUGCAGCAUAAAGGGCUGCCCAAGCCCCUGACCCUGAGAUGGGUGCCACCUUCUCAGGCCAGAGAUGGCCUGGUCCUCCUUGGAGCUGUGGUCACUGGAGCUGUGGUCACUGGAGCUGUGGUCGUUGGAGCUGUGAUGUGGAGGAGGAAGCUGUCAGGGCCCCGGACUAGGGAUCCCUCCAGUACCUCAUGGCUCUGCCUCCUCUCUGAUGUGUCUGUCAUGUAGCUUCUAAAGGGUGAGACAGCUGCUUCCAGCGAAUCAGUGAUGGAAGAUUCUUCAUACACACACACACACACACACACACCCACACACACACACACCCCAACCCUGUGUAUGUAACUUCAGGAACAUCUUUCUCUUUCUGCAAAGGGCAUCUGAAUGUGCGUGCAUUCCUAUCAGCAAAAUAUGAGGAGGUGGGAGGCUGGCCUACCUGUGCCCACCAUGACCCGUCCCCACUUUCCUGUCCAGCAGAGGAGAGCUGGGCCCUCCCCUUCCCUGGGUUUACUUUGUGGAUGUGCACUUGUUUUUUCAUUUCUUUCCAUGAAGGGUUGAUGGGUUAAUUAAAGGAAAAGAUCCUAAAGUUUGAGAUGACAUAAAUGGAAGCACCAAGUA